AAAAAAAAAAUAAGUUAACAACCAGAUGCAUAAUUGAAAUAAAAUAAAAUAAAUGCUAGCCCAAUUAUCACACAAAGGCAAACACUGUUUAUAAUUUUUGUAUAUUAGAAGGAAAAAUCUAGUAAUUUACUCUGUCUCAUUUAGUGAAAUUAUGUGAGUCGCAAGGCAGAAACUGAGCUUUGUAAAGAAUAAAAAAAAAAAAAGAAAAAUUUCUCUUCAUAUUUUUUUUUUUUUUUGUGCUUGUUUAGAACUAUGCUUAAUCCAGAUAUUAACAUUCACAAGAAGAAAUCAGGAAUAGUACAGCUUGUUACUGAUAAGAAAAAAAAACAAUUAUUUGAAAAUAUUGUUUAUCUUAUUGAUGAUGCCUUACCUGUUGCCCAACAACAAGAGUUAAAAAACAUGUUAAAUAGUAAUGGAGGCACAUUAGGGAAUUUGGAGAAUAACAUUCCUAAUUUAUACAUCUCAAUGAAUAACUGUUCUUUACAACAGAUAAAAACUGUUUCUCCAUUUUGGGUUAAAAAUGCUAUAAUCAGGGGAAUUGUUCAAAAGAAGCAUGAUAGGAAAAAACAAUUUUUAUCCGGGGAAAUAAUUUUGUUAUCAGAUCUACCGGAAAGUAGAAAAAGAACUAUCUUCAAAGAAAUAAAUCGUUAUGGAGGUGAAUAUAGUAAUGAAAUAACAAAAAACAUUACAUGCCUGGUAUGCACUUCUGCUAGUGGUGAAACUUACAAUGAAUGUAUAAAAAGAAAUAUCCCAGUUGUUCUUCCACAAUGGCUAGAUGAUUGUUUUCGAUUUCAACAAAAGUUCGACUAUAAACCUUAUCGCCUUCCAUCACCUUAUGUUUAUUACUUUCAAAAUCCACGUCCUGCACGUCUAUUUUCCUAUCCAACAGAUACUAAUUCUUUAAAUUCUAUUCUCCCUCAAGGAAUAGAUGACAGAGAACCCAUAUUUAAGAACCAUUUCAUUUACUUUGGACAAGAUGUAAUGGCAGAUCAACGUAAAUUGUAUAUGAUGCCUAUUAUAACAAGUUAUAUUGAACGUUUAGGUGGCCGUGUCAUGAAUGAUUAUAAUUCUGAUUUGACUACCAUUGUUAUAUUAAAAUAUCGUUCAUCUGAAGAAUACAUACAAGCAGCUAAAGAUGGUAAAUGCAUUGCAAGUUUUUGGUGGAUAUCAAAUACACUUGCAAGAGGCUAUCUAUGUUCUCCUCUUUCUGUCUUGUUGGAUUAUCCUAUACCCAAGAUAGGUAUCCCUGGUAUGAUAGAUUGUGUUAUUGCGAUUACAGGAUAUAAAGGUGCUCAGAGGACAUUCCUCAAUGCACUAGUAAUUGCUUCUGGAGCAAAACUUUCUACGUCUCUAUGUAAUGGUACAACGCAUUUAAUAUGUGCAAGUCAUUGUGCUAGUAAAUAUGCAGAUUUGAAUAAAUUUCCAGCAAUCAUUUUGGUUAACCAUAUUUGGCUAGAAGAAUGUUAUACAAAUUGGAAAAAAAUCGACUAUAAAAGUGAUCGACGAUAUAGUUAUAUUCCUCAAAAUAACAAAUCAUUAGACCAUUUAGUAGCCAGGACUUGUUUAAUGCCACACAUAUUGAAACAACGAGAACGUGAAGUGUUAAAUGGUGAGCCAAAAAUAACCUAUCAAGAAUUUAAAAAGAAAACAGGAAAGACGGCUUUAAGACUUGCAAAAAAAUUUAAUAAUUUUAAUACAUAUAAAGCAUAAAAAAGAUGAAUAAUUC